UGUGCAGAGAUCAAAGACUCAGUCAGACCUUGAGAUAUACUGAUUUUAUAGUUGUUGAUGUGCUGUUGACUCGUUGUCCACUGAUUAUGUAUCAAAUACUGUUGCCAAGGUAUCUUUUUGUAUUUUUCUGCCGGGGAUGGGCCAGAUUGAGAGGGGCGGUACAAGGGUGGAACUUGGUGUUGAUGUCUUGAUACACUGAAGACAGACAGGGUUUUCGCGGAGGUUGCACUUCAGAUGUGUCUGUUGAUUAUGUGCUUGAUAUUAUUGCCGAGGUAUCUUUUUGUAUUUUUCUGCUGGGGAUGGGCCAGGUUGGGAAGGGCGGUACGAGGGUGGGACUUGGUGUUGAUGUUUUGAAACAUCAAAGAUGGACAGGGUUUUCGCGGAGGUUGCUUCUCAGAUAUCUUCACAAUUACAGAUCAGGGAUCUUCCAAAAUCAAGAAGAUUGGCGCAUAUGGCUCGGUCUCUUCACCUUACAAUUUGUAUGGCAAUUUGGCCCGGGGUUGUGGUGUGGUAGGGGUGAAUGGGGGAUAAUCCCACACAGGAGUUUCGAACAACGUCUGGUUCAUGUUUGGAUAACUCCACCACCACACGGGGUAUGCGGUCGGCGAUGGGGUCAAAAUGCUUGUAUGAUUGAGGGCUUUUCGAUGGAUCUAUUAGCGGGUUCUUAUUCGAAAAAUCGAGCAAGUUCGUGGUGGAGCGGUUGAUUGAAAUAUAAUCUCAUACAGAAGUUUUAAAUAAUAUCUGAUAUGAUUUGUUUCUACACUAUUAUGUUUUCCAGAUUGUCUCUUGUAGCUUUCCACGAACUUUCUAUUAAGCUUGACACUACUCUCUGUCACUCACUAUUUUAUAUGUUGAUGCUAGCAGCUAUGUUUCUGUUUGUUGUGAUUUGAAAAGACUGAUGCAUUUUUAAUCGUGAGUCAGUUUCUAUUCCUAGAUUUCAGAAUUAUGUACAAUGAUGUCAUUGAGAAAUUUUGUGUCUUGGCAGUGCGAUCAGAAGUAAGCAUGAAUGAGACUCAGAUUGAAGCGUGUCUGAACAAAGAAGUUUAUGAGAUAAGAAGAGUAGGUAGACAGCAUGCUCAAGCAAGGAGCUCUCU